CCAGCGACUCUAAUCAGACUCGUCCUGUCGCCGCGCAAACACAAUGGAGGCAGUCAAUUCCACCACCAGCGGCUUUUCGUCCGUCCUGGCCGGUACAAAAUACGCAAAUGUCAACAUCCCUCCCCAAAUCGACUAUGUUAUCGAGGCCGUCUCCAAUGCCGGUGUCUGGACUUGGGUGUUUACUCUCGUCGCCCUGUGUAUCGCUUAUGAUCAGAUUGCCUAUAUCGUCAGGAAGGGUCCUAUCGUCGGUCCCGCCAUGAAGAUUCCCUUCAUCGGCCCAUUCCUCGAUUCCAUGGACCCCCGAUUCGACGGUUACCAUGCCAAAUGGAGCAGCGGUCCUCUCAGCUGCGUUUCCAUCUUCCACAAGUUUGUCGUUAUCGCUUCCACCCGCGACAUGGCUCGCAAGGUCUUCAACUCGCCCGCUUAUGUCAAGCCCACAGUCGUCGACGUUGCUCCCAAGCUUCUUGGACACGACAACUGGGUUUUCCUCGACGGAAAGGCCCAUGUUGAUUUCCGCAAGGGUCUCAAUGGCCUUUUCACCCGCAAGGCUCUCGAACUUUACCUGCCCGGUCAGGAGGAGGCUUACAACACUUACUUCAAGCACUUCCUCAAGAUGACCAAGGACGCUGGCGGCAAGCCUGUUCCUUUCAUGCAUGAGUUCCGUGAGGUCAUGUGUGCUGUGUCUUGCCGCACUUUUGUUGGUCACUACAUUUCCGACGAGGCCGUUACCAAGAUCGCCGAGGACUACUACCUCAUCACCGCUGCUCUCGAGCUUGUCAACCUCCCCGUUAUCCUCCCUUACACCAAGUCUUGGUACGGCAAGAAGGCUGCUGAUAUGGUCCUGGCCGAGUUCUCCAAGUGUGCUGCCAAAAGCAAGGUUCGCAUGGCCGCUGGUGGUGAAGUUACCUGCAUCAUGGACGCCUGGAUUCUUUCCAUGAUCCAGUCUGAGCGCUGGCGCAAGGCCGAGGAGAAGGGCGAGCCUCAUAAUGUCGAGAAGCCAUCUCCUCUCCUCCGCAUGUUCAACGAUUACGAGAUCUCCCAGACCAUCUUCACCUUCCUCUUCGCUUCCCAGGAUGCCACCAGCAGCGCCGCCACAUGGCUCUUCCAGGUUACCGCCCAGCGACCCGAUGUCCUUGACCGUGUCCGAGAGGAGAACAUCAAGAUCCGCAACGGUGACCCCAACGCCCCCCUCACCAUGGACCAGCUCGAAUCUCUUACCUACACCCGCGCUGUUGUUCGUGAGCUCCUCCGAUGGCGCCCUCCCGUCAUCAUGGUUCCCUAUGUCACCAAGAAGGCUUUCCCCCUGACCGAUGACUACACCGUUCCCAAGGGCUCCAUGUUGAUUCCCACCACUUUCAUGGCUCUCCAUGACCCCGAGGUAUACGACAACCCUAGCCACUUCGACCCCGAGCGAUACUACAGCGGCGACGCUGAGGAGAAGGGCUCCAAGAACUACUUGGUGUUCGGUACUGGACCUCACUACUGCCUCGGCCAAGUCUACGCUCAGCUGAACUUGGCUCUCAUGAUCGGAAAGGCCUCUGUCAUGCUUGACUGGAAGCACCAUGCUACCCCCAAGUCUGAGGAGAUCAAGGUCUUUGCCACCAUCUUCCCCAUGGAUGACUGCCCUCUUACCUUCGAGGAGAGAAAGUGGUAAGCGGUACCACGUGAUUUAUUCUUGAAUCAGGAAUAGAUACCGCUCUUGGCCAUACUUUCGACGUUCCUGAUGCCCUCACAGCCGGUUUCACCAGUUAAAGGCAUCUGAUGAGGAACUUGUUGAAGAUAAGCGGCUGAGGGACAUGGCUGUGAAAGGCCGGUUUCUGGGGAACAAAAACAAACUGGACUCUGGACUUCCAGCAAUAAUUGGAAGAGAUCCCGGAGAUGCAGUUUGAAGAGCAAUGCAGCUCUUUGAACGAAAAGAAGAGACAUGAUGGAUAUCAGUUUUAAUACCUAUUCUCGGUGUAUAUAUAUAUUGGCAGCCCGAGGGCUUUUGAGAUGAAUGGGUCAUAGAGAUGAUUGCCAUGAUUACAACAUGGCAUUUGGACAGCGAAAUGAAAAAUAAUACAAGAUCAAGAUACAAGAUGACAGAAUGACUGGUGUUCUGUUUCAACGUCAGCCCAAAGGAUUCACGAUCACGCUACUGCUCUGUGAGCAUAGCCACAAAUGAUUUGCCAAUUAUAGUGAUUCCUAUAUUAUCUAGGUAUGAACUCGGAAGAACGUAGAUUCUGGCAUUCGGAAUGAAACUGUUGGCUGCCCUCUAGAUACAGUGCCGGUCUCGUCAUGGCAUUUUUAUCAAUCGGUACAUCCCCACUCGAGCUGCCGAAGUGACGGUCCUUAGUCAGGCAACUUAGCUUAGUUAACUUGGUAUAACCCAAGAUUCACCAUUUUGAACCUCAAUACAGCCUCACCCUCAAGCCAAUACAUAACGGACCAACAUGGCGUCUCGUCGCGCCCUCUUCUCCUCAGCUUUGCGCGCCUCAGCUGCCGUCCUUCCCGCACGGCCUAUCUUCACAAUUGCUGCCUGCACAGCAAGACCCUCGCUAGCACCGCGAGCAUUUGCGCCCUUUGCUAGGUCGUUGCGAAGCUAUAGUAGCGAAAAGAAAGACCCUGAAAAAGAAAUCAAGAAAUGGGAGUUUGACGAAUUAAAAAAGCUCGUGGAAGAUGGCUCUCAUGACAAUAUAGUUAUUGUUGGUAUGCUUAUGCCUUCCAUCUAUACGUAUACAAUACACAUACUGACAUUG